GAAAUAAAAAAAAAAAAAACUAGUUAUGAAAAUAAAGAGUUUAAUUAUUAUGGAUUGUGACAGAUAAUCCAAUAAUGCUGGGCAUAUAAAUUAAAUUCAAAGAAGAAGAAAAAGAGAGAGCAAGAUUUGUCAUUUGAGAGACAAGUUUGAGUUUGAGUGAUCGCCGCUUGCUGCUUCACUUACUUCAACCCGACCGACCACAGCCACCAGAUGAAUCUAAGUGAUGAUGAUAUUACUGAGAGCUUUAAAGAUCAGAUCAAACAACAUGAAGACAAUAUUGACUUCCUUAAUUUUCAAUCUAAUCGCCUUACUGAUACCGUACUCGACUUACAAGUGAGUCUUGGAAAGUACCAUUCAGCUAAUGUAAUUAAAUCAGAGAAUGGGAAUGGUGCAUUUCAUACUGAAGAGGAAACAGUGGAACAAAUAUUGAAGAAAGAGAACUCUGCUGCUGGCAUAUUUUGUUGGAUAAAAGCUAAUACUCAGACAUCAAAUUUGGCGUUUGUGAAAGAUACUUUGGGUGUUGUGGCUACCCUUGCCAAGGUUGAGAGUGAUGAUCUCAGCAGGAUCCUUUCUGAGUAUUUGGGUUUGGAGACGAUGCUUGCAAUUGUCUGCAGUACUAAUGAAGGUGUUAAAGCACUGGAGAAGUAUGAUACAGAAGGCGCAGUUAACUGUAAUGGUGGUUUGCAUGGAAUUGGAUCUUCAACCGGAAAGAAAAUAAAUGGCCGGUUUGUUGUCAUAUGUCUUGAAGAUUUAAGACCAUUUGUUGGACGUUUUGUUGACAACGAUCCACAAAAGAAGCUGGCUAUUCCAAAGCCGACACUGCCAAAUGGGGAGUGCCCGCCUGGAUUUCUUGAUUAUGCAGUGAACAUGAUCCAUCUGGAUUCAAAUAGAUUGUCUUUUCUUACUGCCGGUGGGCACGGUCUUAGAGAGACACUGUUUUAUAGCCUUUUUUCUCACCUACAAGUAUAUAAAACUCGGGAUGAAAUACUGCUUGCUCUCCGAUACAUUAAUGACGGAGCAGUGUCAUUAGAUGGUGGGAUGAUUAAGAAAUGUGGUAUCUUUGCUCUUGGUAGUAGACAAGAUGUAGAAGUGAAGUUUCCUCUAAUUUCUGGAGAAUCCGAUGUACCUCCAGAUUAUAUUGAAGCUGAAGAUGUGGUGAGGAAGCUGAAAUGGGAAACCACUAAACUUGCUGCUGAUAUACAAAGGGAGCAGCAGUUGCUGGACUUAAGAAAGGGCAACUCCAUAAGCCAAGACUAAAAUGUUGUUAGUAGAGAUUUGAUUCCCACAAGUAACAUCGUAGCAACUAGCCAUAUCGAAUUAUGUAUUAGUAGUUCAUUUUGCCGGCAUGGCUCUAUAAGCAACCAUAAGGAUGUGCAUUAACAUAGUUUUGAUGGGGGUAAACCGAAACAUAUAGUUAUGCUUUUGCCACUAAUAGGUCUAUUGAGUCCAAAAGAAACUUAGAUAUUUUGUUUAGUUAUGCAUUUGAAUGAAUGUUGUAACUUGGAUGUCGGUUAUUAUCGUUUCUUCCUUGCAGAUCCAAUUA